CUGCAGGAGCAGUUUGACUUCGAGGCAUCCUUAUACACACCAACUGAUGAUAACUAUGGCCAAACCAGCAAAAAACUGAAAGUUGAGCCUAGCAGCAACAAUGUCAUUCUAUUUACAUCCAUCUGUUGCCCCCAAGAGACCAAUGUCAAUUGUGGAUGAGUCGUGGGAGGUGUUUGACCCAAGUCUACGUGAGGGCCAUGUUUCUGGAGUUCGAUGACACGUUCUUCUGGGGAAAGCUCAGUGGUGUGGAAGUCAAAUGGAGCCCCCGAAUGACACUGUAAGUCUGAACGAUUCACAUUGUUGUAUCAACCAUCUGAUAUGAAAAAUGUGUUUAUGAUUAUAUCUCAUACAUUAGAAUAAUGGCUGCCCAUCAACUUUCAGAAUGUAAAGCGUGUGGGAACUUUGGCUGUCAUGGCUAUAACUGGUCCAUGUGAUUGCUUUCCUGUGGUUAAUUUUCCAUUAUUCAAUACCUGUCUCGUCAUACAAUCUUCAAUUGUAGGUGUGCAGGUGUGUUCUUACGAAGGACGAGGUGGACUGUGUUCUAUUUGACUUAGUGAGCCUUUACUGAAACUUAGACCCCGUCGGGAUCUUGUACAGGUACUUUGACUAACCAACCUGAAACUUCUCAAAUUGAUGGCAAUUGUAUAAGAUAUAACAUAAGCAAUGUAGCUGAUGUAAUUUCUUCAGUAUAGCAUAACAUGAAAAUACCCUGUUAUUCCAGACACUUCUGCAUGAGAUGAUCCAUGCACUGCUCUUCGUGACUCAAAACAACAGAGAUCAUGAUGGGAAUGGGCCUGAGUUCUGCAAGCACAUGGACAGAAUCAACCAAGCCACUGGAACUAAAAUCACAGUAAGUUCUGCUCAGUGUCCCCACAAUGUCAACUGUGAAAGUGUACUUUGUGUUAAUGUCUCUGAUUCCAGAAUCAACUGUGUUCCACCAGGUCUAUCACACUUUCCAUGAUGAAGUAGAUCUCUACCGUCAGUACUGGUGGCGGUGUGAGAGGCCCUGUCAGACUCGCAAGCCCUACUUUGGAUAUGUGAAGAGGGCAAUGUACCGUGCCCCCUCAGCCCAAGACACAUGGUGGGGGGAUCACCUGCGCUCCUGUGGGGGCACCUAUACAAAGGUCAAGGAGCCAGAGGGUUAUGGAAAGAAAGGCAGGAAGACAGACAACAGCGAAAGCAAGAUAGACACCAGCAAAGACAAGAAGCCUACAGACAAGCCCACAAGCAAGAGCAAGGCUUCCAGCACAUCUACUGCAGGUAAUACAUGUCUCUUUCUCAUCUAAUGAAUGCUGAGAGUAGUAAUAUUAUUUACAAUUCAAAAUAUGGCUUAGUGAAUGUGUCUUCUUGAAUCUACAUUUGAUUUCCUAUGCUUUGGUCUCAGGCUCUGGUUUACAGGAUAUAAGGAAUAUCAUUCCAUUCAGUAGCAAAGGCUUUUUGCUUGGAGAGAGUUCACCAUCAUCAACUCAGAAAUCUCUUGUCAACAGUCCCACAAAACCCCUCACUACUCCUGUGUCUCCCAGACUUGUGCUGUCUCCUCCAGCUCAGGUGACAGCUAACGGAAUCAACUGAUUAUCCCACAGAAAAGGGGAGCACCACAACCUCCAUAGCAGGGGGAGCCCAUGGUCCCUUCAGAGGACAGAAACCCCCUAUUAAAAAA